AUGUUUGUCCCCCUGCCGGUCCCCUUCGUCUUUCAGAGAACAGCGUCCGACUUCAGCGCCUGGAGACUCAAGUCCUCGCUGGCUCCGCGGUCCAGCCCCGAUAUCAGGAUGUCUAAAGCAGCAGAGGAGGAGAAGCCUGGGGCUGACUAUCCAGGGGACAGUUCAGACUCUGACAGAAACAGCCCCGAUGACCAGGUCCAGCCAAUGAAAACCAGCCCCUUCAGCCUCUCUCCCACACUGGCUGGCAGCAAGGGAAAGAGCGAGGAGAGCUCUGAGAUGACCCAUAGCACUGUUCCUCCUGCUCCUCCAGCACCUCCCUCCCAACAGCAGCAGCAACAGACCCAACACCACCACACACAACUGAUGCUGGCUGGGAGUCAGCUAGCUGGGCUUGCUGCUCUCCUCCCGGCCCAACAGCAGCUGCUCCUCCAACAGGCUCAGGCACAGCUCCUCGCAGCCGCCGUUCAGCAGUCGAACGCCGCGCACGCUGCUCACGCUGCCCACGCCGCUGCACAGCAGCAAGCCAACCAGCAGCAGCAGCAGAACCAAUCACAGUCUCAGCAGCAACAGCAGCAACAGCCAACCAAACAGGAGCAAACAGUCCAAGCCCCACCUCCGCCGCCACCACAGCUGGCCCUGUCGCAGCCAAUCCAGCUCACAGCGCAGGAUAUCCAGCAGCUGCUGCAGCUCCAGCAGCUGGUUUUGAUGCCGGGUCAUCCUCUCCAGUCCCCUGCCCAGUUCCUCCUGUCUCAGCCAGCACAGGCACAGCAGCCACAGCAGGGUUUGCUUUCGACACCAAAUCUGAUCCAGCUACCUCAGCAAAGCCCAGGGGGACUACUGACAACACCACCUCGCCUGGGACUUCAAGCACAGAGGGAGAAGAGCAGUGAUGUUGUGGUCGGUGGAAGCAGCAGCAGCAGUGGCUCGGUAGUUGCCACCGGCAGCAGCGGCGUUGGUGUCGUGACAUCUGUAGGUGCUACGCCUGCUUCCAGCAGUGCCAUGGCUUCCUCACUGAGCACCAGCUUGAACCCUGGAGGCCACGGGGGUCACAUGGGGGAAGAGCCCAGCGACCUGGAAGAGCUGGAGCAGUUUGCCCGCACCUUCAAACAGCGACGCAUCAAGCUGGGGUUCACACAGGGAGACGUUGGCGUGGCUAUGGGCAAACUGUAUGGCAACGAUUUCAGCCAGACCACCAUCUCCCGCUUCGAGGCGCUCAACCUGAGCUUUAAGAACAUGUGCAAGCUGAAGCCACUGCUGGAGAAGUGGCUGAGUGACGCAGAAACCAUGGCAGUAGACAGCAUGCUGCCCAGCCCCUCCUCUAUCUCCUCCCCGAUGUUGGGAAUCGAGGGGCUACCCGGCCGACGCAGGAAGAAACGCACCAGCAUCGAGACCAACGUGCGAGUGAUCCUAGAGCGCAACUUCAGCACGAACCAGAAGCCUACCUCGGAAGAGAUCCUGCUGAUGGCGGAGCAGCUCAACAUGGAGAAGGAGGUGAUUCGUGUUUGGUUCUGCAACCGCCGGCAGAAAGAGAAACGCAUCAACCCUUCCAGCAGCACCACCCCUCCCCUGCCCAGCCAGACCUCGCCUGUUGUGACGCACAAAGCCCCCUGCUACAGCCCGCACAUGAUAUCGAGUCAGGGUCUGUCCCAGGUCACCACCAGCCUCAGCACAACAGCCUCCAGUUCAUCACCUUCAGCGUCCUGCCCCAUGACUCCCGUCAGCUCGGCUGCGGUCGGCUCCACCUCUUCUUCUGUGACUCCGCCUCCUCAUAGCACAGCCAGCCCCGCCCCUCCCAGCCUCGGGGCCCAUGGGCUCAGCACUGGGAACACAAUGAUUGGAGUAAGCACAGGGAUGAACCAGGCCCUCAUCGGCAGCAAUCCCCUGGCUACCAUGCAAGCCCUGGCAGCCAGCAGCGGUCAGCUGUCCAUCUCCAGCCUCGAGGGAGGAGCGGGUCACAUGCUUUUGGGCGGACCUGGGGGUCCCGCUGUCCCCCCCUCCCUCCGCCCCUCUCUCUUCCUCAACCGCCCCACCCUCCUCCCCAUGGUCACCGGCUCCAUGGCAACAGCCUCCACGCCCGCUUUGGGACUGGUGAGCAGCAGCAGCGGUGGUGGGUGUGGCCCAAGGCCUUCCUUCUCCCAGUCUCCGCCCCCCGGUGCCAGCAACCUUAUGAGCCCAACCUCGUGCCCUGAGGAGUCCGCUUCUCCUUGUUCAAGCCCCACCUCUUUCUGUUCCUUCAGCGAAGCCUCGCCACCACCCCUGGGAGGGGCCAUGGCCGAGUGA